GCAGACCUCAUUUCCCCUGAUCCCUCAGAGCUUCAGUGGUACUCUUGGUAAGAGAUAUGAAGUCUGAGCCGCUGCUCCUGAUACUUCUGGCACUGCUACAAACUGGUCACACCGCAGAGGAGUCUUGCAUUGAGCGGUGUGAUAGCGGCUUUGAUGCGACCAAACAAUGCCAGUGUGACUCUUUAUGCAAAUACUACAGUAGCUGCUGCACUGAUUAUGAGUCACUCUGUGACAAUUUGACUCGUGGAGACACUUUCCCUUCUUUCCCCGAGGAUGAGGAGAACAGCACAACCAUGGCACCUGCACUUAGUUCUGAGAACAUGAACACAGUGAUGACCCUGCCCCCAUUUCUUAUAAAACAUUCAGCCUCAUUUAAUACAGCUCCACCAAUCACAGACCCUGAUGCUGAGGUGUGCAGUGGCAGGCCCUUUAAUUCCUUCAUGCAACUUAAAAAUGGCUCACUCUAUGCCUUCAGAGGAAGGUAUUUCUUUGAACUGGAUGGGAGAACAGUGUUGCCUGGAUAUCCAAAACUCAUUGAAGACUUCUGGGGGAUAAAAGGUCCUAUAGAUGCAGCAUUUACACGCAUAAACUGCCAAGGGAAAACAUACAUCUUCAAGGGGAGUAAUUACUGGAGGUUUGACAAUGGAGUUCUGGAUGAAGAUUUUCCAAGAGAUAUUGCUGUUGGAUUUGAAAAAAUCCCGGGUCAUUUAGAUGCAGCCUUUGCUAUCCCUGCUCACAAUCACAAUGGGAAAGAAAAGGUCUACUUCUUUAAAGGUGAACAUUAUUAUCAAUAUGAGUUUAAGCACCAGCCGUCGCAUGAAGAGUGCAGUCAGAUGUCCAGUACCUUUCCCUCUGCACUCUUCAGAAGAUAUGCAGAUUUAUAUUAUGAUCGCUGGGCAGAGCACUUCAGCCAGCUCUUCAGUGGAUUUGAAAGACAAUAUGGUGCCAAUCAUAUCAUUAGUAAAGACUGGAUUGGUAUCAAACCCCCAGUAGAUGCAGUACUGGCCGGAAGACUGUAUGUCUCACCUAGAAAUUUACAACGGCCCAGCCGAAGGCGGCAGGAUCAACUGGGGGGUCAGUAUCAAACUCAACAUUGGAACCAACAGAUGAACCAACAAUGGAGCCAAGACUUUAAUCAACAGGGGGAAAAACAAUGGAACCAAGACUGGAACCAACAGUGGGACCAGCAGUGGAACCAGCAGUGGAACCAGCAGCAAUGGGGCACCCGACAUAGACAGAGCCGAUCUCCUUUCUGGGACACAAUGAUAGAGAGAGCUGGUAGCAUCAGGCAAGACUUUAGCCAGAGGUUCAAACAGGACUGGAGAAAUCAGGACAGACUGAGGAAUGGCCAUCAACAGCAGUAUGGCAACAAUUAUGACUAUAAAUACGCCCCUUCUGAGGACAACAUAUUUAAUCGAAUCAGAUGGAGCCGGCCACUUCAGAGUGUCUACUUCUUUAAAGGAGAUCAGUACUACAGAUUCAAUUUACAGACCAAGCGAGUUGACUUUGCCAUUCCACCAUACCCCAGGCCGAUAGACAAAUACUGGCUGGGCUGCAGAGAGAGACCAGGAGCAGAGAAGAGAUAAGUCUAUGAAUGAAGUACAAAAGUUUAUGUACCAAGUGCUUAGACAAUAAUAUUUAUAAUUUUAUGAUAUGCAAAUGUAAAGCAAAGCAUAUUUGUCUAAGCAAAGUGUAAGUGUCCAUGUUGUACAUCCACAUUUAAACCAAUUUAUGUGAUAUUUUGCACAUAAAAAAGUAGAGCAGAAAGAAGUACAGCAAGGUUAAUAUUAUAAUUACAUAUGGUGUAAAAAGGUCAACCUGUAUUCAUAAUCUUUACUAAUUUAAUAGAAGUGUUGUAAAUAUGUCUAUCUGUGAAUGAGGUAUUGUAAUUUGCAGUGAAAUAUUAAUUUGAUUUAACCUAGUAAGGGAUUAAUUUGUCAAUAAUUCUUUGGCUCUGUAGUGAACUCUAUUAAAGAAUGAUUAAAGUAGUAAAACCGUUUAGUGUUCAUUUAUAUCCAUGUUUAAUCACUAGAUACAAAUGCUAUAGUGAUGUUGUCUUUCAUUCUUCUGACAAUAAUUUUGAAAAAAGUUUUAUUUUCUUGAGUUCAGUAAGACAAAUCAGAGAGAUAUUUCAGGCAAUUUGCUUAUAAAUCUGCAUUGCAUCAGUAGUUUUUGUCAUUAGCAAAACAAAGCCUAAACAAAAUAAGUUUU